AUUUGUAGAUCUUUAUCGUCCCCUCUUUUCCAUACGUCUUUUAGGUUUUCUGCACUGCCUUUACCUCAUUCUCGAGUGAGCUUUUGUCUGCUUUUUUGUUAACUCGCAUUGCUCUCGUGAGCUGCGAUAGCGCCUUCUACGAUCGUCUAAUCAAACUUUUCGUCUUUGAUUUUUAGGAAAAAUCUGUUUGUGAGUAGUCGUAUUUUAAAACCCUACUUCUGAUUCUUUCCUUACCGUGUUUUUUUUUCUCCCGUGCGGUUUGGAACACUGGGAGUGCUUGUUUUGGACAGGGAGUGAAGGUAAUUUUUUGUAUUGCAUGGUUUGGGAAGUAGAAAAGACUCUCUAGUUCAACUUAGGCUAAUUCAAUUGCGUGCUGCUUUCACCACUCACCAGGGAAUCUUUGGCAAUAUAAGUGUUCAUGAAAUAUUUGGUCUGCAAAAGUAAAGGUGGUCGUAUUUGAGUGUAAUCAUUAAUAUGGGAGGAAAAAAAAGUAACUUUCAUUCUCAUGGCAUUCAUUUUCUGAUGAUCGAACCAUGAGUUGAUAUAAUAAUGUUGUUGAACUUUGAAAGUAAAGUUGGCAAAUUUCUGGCUAGUUCAAGUAUUAGUUGAUAGAAUUAUACUUUUGGCGAUGUACCUAAGUAUUAGGAGCUUGGUGUAAUGUUGGAGCAUUGCCACAGAUAUAGGAGCUUUCCACUUGUGAUUUAAUUUUGAUAAUGGAUGAUGGUGGGCAAAGAGAGAAUGGACGGUACAAGCCUGCUCAUGCACAGUGGAUGGUGCCUCAACAUCCCCAGAAGGAUAACCAAACCAUAAAACUCAUCAUGGCUGAACGAGACAAAGUGCUACGAGAACGAGAUCUUGCCAUUUCUGAGAGAAAAACUGCUUUGGCUGAGCGAGACAUGGCAUACCUCCAGCGUGAUGCUGCAAUUGCUGAGCGGGACAGUGCCAUUGCGGAACGUGACAAUGCUAUUGCUGCCCUUGAAUAUACACCGGAUAAUGGUAUUAGCGGUGAUUGCGGACUUGGAUGCGGUAAUAAACAUAUGUACCAGCAACAUCGCCACCAUAUUCAAUAUGUCCAACCUUUGUCACAGCACAUGCCAGAUGCUCUCUACAACCCUAAAACCGAGGCUCCUAGAGAGGUAUUGCCCAUGCCAACUGCUUCAAAUGCAGAUCUGAAAGCCUGGAAUUUCAACAAGGCAAGGCGAGCAGCUAAAGCCGGACCCUCCCAAUUGAAGAAGUUCAAGACACCCAGGAAGAGUAAAACUAGUGGAGUUAACAAACAGGUCACUAUCGCAAAGACGUCCAAUGACUGGAAGGUCGAGGUUGGAGGAGACAAUACGGCUAAGCGGAUUUUAUUGCAUAAGCAUGAUGACUGGGAGAGUCGAGACCUCGGUCUGAACCAGGUCACAUUCGAUGACUCAAUGAUGCCAGCACCCGUCUGUUCAUGCACUGGAAAAUACCGGCAAUGCUACAAAUGGGGUAAUGGGGGGUGGCAGUCUUCGUGUUGCACAACUACUCUUUCGAUGUACCCCCUGCCGGUGAUGCCCAACAAGCGCCACGCCCGUAUGGGAGGGCGAAAGAUGAGCGGCAAUGUGUUCAGGAGGCUUCUCAGCCGGCUUGCAGCAGAAGGCCAUGACCUAUCCCUGCCAGUGGACCUCAGGGAACACUGGGCCAAGCACGGCACUAAUCGAUACAUCACCAUCAGGUGAGACGAAUUGUCAUAUAGAUGUAUCGACGACUCUAAAAUGGAAAUUAGAGCUUUAGCAUUUUGAAUCUGAAGCCUAUGUCUAUGCAGUAGUUGUAUCGCAACUUAUCGACAGAUAAUAUGAUGAUUCUAUUUUCCUGAAUAUGAAUGAAGAAUUGGUCUUUUAGUUU